GCGAGGCGAGCCAUGGCAGACAGAGUGCCGCACUUCGUAAGUGGCUUCGGCUCCAAGCCGCAAGAGAAACGAGCAAAGGACGCGCACUUGAAUCUCUGCCACAAGAAAGCAUACUUCCAACGUCGGUUGAACGACAGCUCGGUGAUAACGACGGACGCGAGAAAGAGAGUCAGGCACCAGACGAGCGCAAAGGAAUCGUGCGACGUCGACGACGACGACGGCUUGUACUCGUCUCUUGACUCGCCUCUGACCAGCAGAGUCGUCAAGCCGUACCCACUCGAGCAUCAGAUGGCGUUUUGCAAGAGCGACAAUCACGCGAGCCACAAAGUACUGGAGGUCGCGAUAAGGGAGGUCAGCGUGCAGCCGCAUCACAGCUACAGCAAAGCCCCGCCGGAGAUUAGCAGCGUGGCGAUACUCUUCAAAAACCAAGCGAUCUGCAAGGCGCGUCGACCGUUCAACCGGAAACUGCACAAAUUCUUCAUCAGCAGCCUGUCCGACUCCAGCGAUCUCUCCAUGCAAGUUCAGGGGGCCCACGGAAUACAAAGUGCCCUGCCGCUUCCGCUGCCGGAGCGGUGCGUCAAAUCCAAGAGGCUCGAGAUUGAUUUUGCGAUCGACGACGGCACCGGGAUCGCGUACCCGGGCACGCUGGUUUGCACGCUCUCCUUGAGCCUCGGCGACUCGGCCGCGAAAACCGAGGCAGCGACUUACCUGUACAGCCCGCCGACGAACGAUCCCAACGAUCCGCGAAGCAGCUUCUCGGCCGUCAAGCCCAGAGCCGACACUCAGACCAAACCAGUUCGCUACUUUCUUCUUCGCGAUCCGCUAUUGUGCUUCCCGUCCACGUCGUCGGCUCUACUCCAGGAGCCGAGCGCAAAGAGGGGGAUGGCCAAGCCACCGGAUGUCGUGGUCGCCGAGCAGAUGUUUUCCCUGCUCGACGUCUCUCUGCGCAGCUGGUUCCAAGAGAGACGGCCGCUGCGACCGACCUCGGGCGCGGCCCACGUGCCGAAGCACCACGCUGCACGCAAGCAAACUCUCACGGUGACGGUGCUGCGCGGCGUGGAGGUGCCGGUGCGCGAGGAGUCCGCGCUGGUCCAGCCGAUCGUCGAAGUGGAGUGGUGCGACGUCGCGGGGGCCACCUCGGCGUCGGAGGGCCCGGCGCCGGUCUGGCAGCAGACCAUACAACUGGAGGCGCCGACGUCGAAGAUGAGCGGAGAGCAUUGCGUGAAAAUCCGACUGUUCGACCAGCAUCCAGUCUGGGGUCUGCAGUGGCUGGGCGAGGCGCGAAUCCCGGUCGAAUGUCAUCGCAACUAUCAGCAGCUAGAGCGUUGGGUGGGGCUCUCGUCCCUCUACAGCCCGACCUUCUCGUUCGGCUACGUGCAAGCCAGUCCUGGCUUCUCCUACACGCGCAUCUACAUGCUGAUGAAGAUGGAGCAGAUGGCCGCGAUGAAUCCGAUCGACGGCGGUUCCAUCGACAGUCUGUCCAAGGCCAUUCAGAGGUGCCUCGUGGUGCCGUAUAAGAUCGCCGAGAUCGAGACGCCCGAGGAGGCCGCCAACUUGGCCAUGUUACUCGAGGCGCUGCCUGUCCAUUACGGCCCGCUCACGCCCCGACAGGCGCUCAAUCUGAAUAAAGUCGACCACUACGGACGAUCGGCGCUACUCGCCACGCUUUUGCAGGGAUUGGGGUUGCAGUCGUACGUGGUGCUGGGCUCAUCGCAGACGAGGAAAUGGGCCUCCUUCGCUCUGACGAUCGCCGACAAUUCGAGCGCCACGCUGUGGGACGCCGAGAGCGGUGAUCACUACGAGCUGGAGGACAAUCGCUGCGCCCUGAUCAAGGUUUCUCGUCUCGUCAAUCAUCACAGCAUAUGGGAAAACGCUCAAAAGUCCGUGGCGCCGGCCAACCUGAAGUACGACACGAGAAGCGGCAAGGACUGGCAGGUAUUGAUCAGCAAUCCAGCGGCGGCGGUGAGCUCGCGCAACCUGCAAACGGUGGAGUUGAGCGUCGCGCACGAGGAGGAGCAGGACGAGCCGAACGAGAAGAGCGUGGCGCAGCAGAUGGAGGAGACCCUGCGCGAGGAUCUGACGCGAUGGAGAGCUGCGCUGGAAUUGCCGACGAUUUUCAACAGGCACGCCGACGCCGUACUUCGCGAUAUUCUCACGAAAACCGACAGCUCCAGCGAGACUCCGUUGGAUAAGAAGGAGCUCAGGCAGCUCUACCGAGCUUAUUACGCUCACGGAUUUAUCGUGAACGUCAGGUACAAGGAUUUGGACGAUUUGUCGAGUUUUUUGUCGUCGACGAAAAUUCAUCUGAUGGCGGGACCGAUCGAGUUCGCUCUGGUCUGUUACGUAAAGAAGUUGGUCGGCAGGAUUCGGUCGAUCUGGCUGGCUGUGGUGAUUCUUAGGAGCAAAACUUGAAUCGAUCUGCCACCUCGCCUGAA